AUGAGCGGCAGCGAAAGUGGCAGUGGCAGUGGUAGACAGACUGGCUAUCGAAAAUAUGAGAAUGCUGAAGCCCCCUUCCAAGACACCUCAAACUCCACUUCGAUAGUGAAAGAAUCUCCACAAGCCACCAUUGACAAAUUCUGGACAAAAUUCAGCACAAAAUACCCUGGUACGGUACAUAGUGUGCUCCCGUCCGACAUUUUCGCCAAGAAAAAAGCAACCAAGACCCGAAAAGGCUCAGUCCAGGGCAAGGGCGCUGUCAAGUCGUACGAUGACGCGGCAAACGAAUGCAAGCGCGCUGUGGAGAGGAUUGCUAGAGAAUGUCGGCGCGUCAACAAGAAGUAUAGAGAUCAGCACUUCGAUAUUGAGUACGACCUAAAGGCAUGGCCUUACACACGGAAUUGCCUCGACGGGCUUGGUUAUAUUGCAGAAAGACGGUACCCUAAAGCGGUCAAACGCGUCCCGGACAUCUUUGAAAAGCCGGAAUUCUUCAUCGAGGGUGCUACUGCGAGCGAUGUGAGACAAGGCAACACAGGCGAUUGCUGGUUCUUGUCAGCCCUGACUGCCAUAAGCAACAAGACAACCUUAAUUGACAGAGUCUGUGUUGCUCGAGAUGAAGUGGUGGGUGUCUACGGAUUUGUAUUCCACAGAGAUGGCGAAUGGUGCCAUACAGUGGUCGACGACAAGCUCUAUCUGACCGCUCCGGACUGGUGGGAAAGCCAUUCCAAUGAGAAGCAAUACUUCGAGGAUGUUCAUCGUUUCCAAGCUCAUGAAGCCGAGAACAGCUAUCGAAAAUCAUUUCAACGGGGCUCAAAAAGCCUUUUUUUCGCGCAGUGCAGAGAGGAGAAUGAAACUUGGCUCCCCUUGAUGGAGAAAGCCUACGCGAAGGCACACGGGGACUACAGCGCUAUUGAGGGGGGCUUUGCAGGAGAAGCUGUAGAAGAUUUGACCGGCGGUGUGACCACAGAGAUUUUUACGCCUGACAUUCUCGACAAAGAAUACUUCUGGAAUAAUGAGAUUAGCAAAGUCAACGACGAAUUCCUCUUCAGCUGCUUCACUGGCACGUUUGAUAAAUGGCUUGGGAGCGACUCCGGGGAUAAAGAUGGCGCCAGGUUGGGUAUCGUUCGACAGCAUGCUUACUCAAUAAUGGAAGCUGUGGAGAUAAAAGGUCAAAGAUUACUAAAGAUUCGCAAUCCAUGGGGUACUGACGAGUGGCGCGGGGCCUGGUCAGACGGGUCGGAGCAAUGGAAUUCUGAAUGGUUGGAGCUGCUUGAUCACAAAUUUGGUGAUGAUGGCAUGUUUUGGAUCUCCUUUGCGGACUUGAUUGAGAAAUACAGUGUGUUUGAACGCACGAGACUCUUUGAUCAAAGUUGGUCCAUUGCACAACAAUGGACUUCUGUUGACGUGCCGUGGUCUGCCGACUAUAAUGAUACCAAAUUCAUGAUCACUUUGACGAAGACGAGCCCCAUUGUCAUUGUCUUGUCGCAACUUGACAAUCGCUACUGGAGAGGCUUGGAAGGUCAAUACGACUUCAAGCUUCAUUAUCGCUUGGACAAAGACGGCGAAGAGGACUACAUUGUCCGCAGCUACAGCAAUUAUUUCAUGGGCCGUUCUGUGAGCACCGACCUGGUUUUAGAACCUGGAACGUACUCAGUACUCAUGAAGAUCACUGCAAAACGCAAUUCUGCACUCACGACUCCAGCGAGUAUUGUGAGGGACAAUUGCAAGAUUCGACCCAACAAAUUGAUACAGAUUGGCCUCUCGUACGACUUGGCUUUUGCUAAAGGAGACAUAAAGGAGACCGAAGAAGAAAAACAGAACCGUGCAGCGCUAGACGUCAAGAAACAAGAGGCGCGUAGGAUCAAGCAGCGCGCGGAAGUGAGUGCUAAGCAAAGGAAAGAUUGGGAAACCGAGAAAAGAGAAAGGGCGAGGAAGAAGCGCCGAGACCAGAAACGGAAAGAUUAUCGCCUCGAGAAGGAGGGGAAAGCAAAGCUUAAAGAUUCAGGAGAGGAUCCAGGAAAAGUGAAAUCUGAGAAGGAGAUUGAGGGGAAUGAUAAAAAUGGCAAUGAAAUGGUAGUCGUCGAGCGACCAAAAGAGGGAAAAGAAGAGAGUGGUAAAGCAGACAAAGAAGCCGUAAAGCAACAGUCGCCAGAGACAACACCACCCGAAGGCACAUCUCAGGUCAAUGACAGGGAUUCGAAUGACGACACGGAAGCCGCGCAAGGGCAGUCCAAAACAAACCAGACUGUCGACACUGACGCGCCCCAAGAGCAAGCUAAGGAAGACCAACCGGAUGUGGCAGAAGCAGAUGACAAGGACGACUACCUCUACGAUAGUGACGCUUCAUUUGAGAGCAGCAUCGACAGUGUCCUCGACCUCGAUGAGGAUGUACCUGCCACGGACCAAAGUGCAGCUGGCACGGCCGAUGCUACGAAUGACGAAGAUCCUGAGAUCGAGAACGAUCCUUGGAAUGCUUGCUGCAUAGUGGGCCUGCGUGUCUACAACAAGGAUAGUGGAUGUUCCAUCAAAGUCGUACGGCCUAGGUCAGGAGAAGAUAAAGCGGGCUUGGAGGUCGAUGAUGUUAGCAAGAGCGUCAGUGAGGAGAAGCAGACAAGUGCCGGUGGGGAUGGAAGCGUGAAGACGGAAGUGAAGUUGGGUGUUGAAUGA